UCGCUUUCUCUCUCUUUUCUCUUUCUGUCAGAGUCAACAGCAAACCCUACUUUUCCGAAUUUCACAAUUCAAUUCUUCCUUCCUUCAAUUACUUCCUAUUAUUGCUGGAAAAAGCUUCAAUCUCUGUUCUCCUCUGCCGUCGUCGUUUUUCUCAGCUUCAAGGGGUAAGAAUCCUCUCUCUCCGCCUCUCAAUUUGGGGAUUUCAUCGCCUCUGUUAAUCUUCGGAUGUGAAGGGGGGAAUUAGUGAUCGAUUCAUAGUUUCCUUCUAAAGAUCGUAUCUUGUUGCUCAAAUUUGUGAUUGGUAAUCUGGGCAGGACUGUGAUCAAUCAUCAUCACCCUAAUUGUACAAACCAUGCCUGACUUGUGAAAUUUCUAGGUUUCUCAGUUUUGGCUUUGUUUUUUUGUGAGUGCAUUCAUUGAUUCUCUUGGUAGAUAAUCAAAUCAAAUAGUGAAAAUGUCGUCCGCGGGUGUAACCACUCUUUGUCCUCUUGCCAUUGAGCCAUUGUUGUCUCCAAAGGCAUAUCCAUUCCCAUCACAUUUGUCUUUGGAGGAUCAUUCCAUUUUCAUAUAUUUGUCAUAUUCGGGCUCGAUGACGCCGAUACGUGUUAUGGAGUGGGAUACCAUUGAGUCUGUAAAAUUUAAAAUCCAAAGGUGUGAUAGCAUUCCAUUCUUGACAAACAAGCAGAAGUUGGUUUAUGCUGGCCGAGAGCUGGCGCGGAGUGAUACUCUGCUCAAGGACUAUGGGGUAACAGAUGGGAAUGUUUUGCAUUUGAUAAUCAAAUUGUCAGAUCUUCAGGUCAUCAAUGUGAAGACUUCUAGUGGGAAGGAAUUCACGUUUCAGGUCGAACGGGGUAAGGAUGUCGGGUACGUGAAGCAACGGAUUGCCAAUAGGGAGAAACAAUUUGAUGAUCCAGAGGAGCAGGAAAUCGAAUGUGAUGGGGAACAGCUUGAGGACCAGUUGCUUAUCAAUGAUAUCCGCUGCAACCAUAAUGAUGCGGUGCUACAUCUGUUUGUUAGAAAGAAGCAUGCGAAAGUUCAGAGAAGACCCCUUGAGUUGUCCAUUGUAGCAACGAAUUUGUCUGAUAAGAACAAAAAUGAUGUUGAUGGAUAUGCUUAUGAAGUUGGUAAAGAAGAUGCUAUUAGGAAGUCUGAUGCAAUUCAAAGGGCUCUGCCAAGAAAGCCUCCUGAUAGAGAUUUCAUUUUGGAGCCUAUUAUUGUUAACCCUAAAGUUGAAUAUGCUUCCGUGAUUUUGAAUAUGGUAAAGUCUUCAUAUGAUGGACUAGAUAGCGGAAAAUAUCCUAUCAGGUCCGCAGAGGGUACAGGGGGAGCUUACUUUAUGCUAGAUUCAACCGGGCAAAAGUAUGUUUCUGUUUUUAAACCUAUUGAUGAAGAGCCAAUGGCUGUGAAUAACCCUCGAGGUCUUCCUUUUUCAUUAGAUGGUGAAGGGUUGAAGAAGGGUACAAUAGUUGGACAAGGAGCAUUCAGGGAAGUUGCUGCUUAUGUUUUGGAUCAUCCAAUUAGUGGGCGCCUCACGUUAUUUGGUGAUGAGAAGGGCUUUGCUGGUGUUCCCCCAACAUUGAUGGUUAAGUGCUUGCAUAAAGGGUUUAACCAUUCAGGAGACUUGGCUGCUAAGAUUGGCUCCAUGCAGAUGUUCGUGGACAAUAAUGGAAGCUGUGAAGAUAUGGGCCCUGGGGCUUUUCCAGUAAAGGAAGUUCAUAAAAUUACUGUAUUGGACAUAAGACUAGCAAAUGCAGAUAGGCAUGCUGGGAAUAUUUUGCUCAGCACAGAGGAGGACAAGGACCAAUCUGUUUUGAUUCCAAUUGAUCAUGGAUACUGCUUGCCCACAAGCUUUGAAGAUUGCACCUUUGAAUGGCUUUACUGGCCCCAAGCUCGGCAGCCGUACUCCCCUGAAACUAUUGACUACAUAAAGUCACUGGAUGCUGAAGAAGAUAUCUCCCUUUUGAAAUUUCAUGGUUGGGAUCUGCCAGUUGAAUGUGCUCGUAUUCUUAGAAUCUCAACCAUGCUUUUGAAGAAAGGGGUAGAGAGAGGAUUGACCCCUUAUGCCAUUGGAAGCCUCAUGUGCCGAGAAUCCUUGAACAAGGAAUCUGUGAUAGAGGAAAUAGUUCAAGCAGCGCUGGAUUCUGUUCUUCCUGGCACAAGUGAAGCGACAUUGCUGGAUGCUGUUUCCCAAAUCAUAGACCAGCGCCUUGAUGAGAUUGCCGGCUCUCUUUUACAACUAGAAUUGAAUUCUGCAAAAAUAGAAGGUAUAUGAACGUCUGUGUACAUAUGUUGACGUACAUACGUAUAGCUCAAAAGUUGGAUUUUUUGUUUUUUGACAAAGGAAGCCUGUUUUCUUUGGUUGAAAUGGCAAACCCUUCUUUGCUAUAACUUCCUAGGUUUUAAUUUUGUUAGAAGUUUACUACAGAUAACAAAUUCUUUUAGAGUUUGUAGUUGAUUUUUUCCUUAAAUUUGAAUUCCAGGGAUAGUAUACAAGAGUGUUCCCUAUUUGGGUUGUAGUUUGAUGUUCUUUUUUCUGUAAGGGGUGUUGUCUUGUUUCAACAAUAAGGUUGUGCUUGCUUGGAGUGAAAUCGGAAUUUGGAAAGUGAAGUGGUUGUUGCAGUA